GUUCUUAUUAUUCCCCAUUCAGAAUCGUUUAAAUUUGCCCCUCUCUUUCUCGCUCUCUCACUCACUCUCUCUCUCCUUUUUUCUCAUCAUCCUUGACGGAGGAGGAAGAGAAGAAAAGGAAAGGAAGAAAAAGAUCAAAUCUUUCUAGGGGUUUUGCUUCCCCCAGAAGACUUCUUUCUUUUUAUUUUCCCGGAAAAUUCUUCUCUUCCUCCGGCGGUCGAUCGCGCCUCUCAAACCAGUUGUUCGUCUGCAAUUUCCAGUUUAAUUUUGAUUUUUGGGUUUGAGAGAGGUGCAAAAAUGGUGGACGAUUAUUACGUCAGUAGCGACGACGAGGAAUAUUACGACGACGAGGAUGAUCGCCAGAAUUUUGAGUUGUUGGAAUACGGUGAGAAUUACGACUCUCUCCGCCCUGAGGUUCCGACGAGUAAGGUCAUUUCAAAAGAAUCUCUCUUGGCUGCGCAGAAGGACGACGUGCAGAGGGCAAUGGAUGUGCUGUCAUUGAAAGAAUACCAUGCCCGAACUUUACUCAUCCAUUACCGUUGGGAUGUUGACAAUGUGCUUGCGGUGCUUGUAGAGAAGGGGAAAGAUAGAUUGUAUGCCGAAGCAGGUGUGACGUUGGUGGAGCAGGAUGAUCAUGUUUCAUCACAGUUGUCCUCUGAGGUAAUGUGCGGUAUUUGCAUGGAUGAAAUUCCAGCUGAUCGAGCGACAGUCAUGGAUUGCGGUCAUUGCUUCUGCAACGGAUGUUGGACGGAGCAUUUUAUUGUGAAAAUAAAUGACGGGCAGAGUAGGCGCAUUAAAUGCAUGGCAUACAAGUGCAAUGCCAUUUGUGAUGAAGCAGUAAUCCGAAAUCUAGUCAGUGCAAGGGAUCCUAAUCUGGCCGAGAAAUUUGAACGUUUUCUUCUGGAAUCAUAUAUUGAGGAUAAUAGAAUGGUGAAAUGGUGCCCAAGUGUUCCCCACUGCGGAAAUGCUAUACGCAUUGAGGAAGAUGAACUAUGCGAGGUUGAAUGUGCAUGUGGGCUUCAAUUCUGUUUUAACUGCUUAGCUGAAGCACACUCCCCAUGUUCAUGCCAAAUGUGGAAACUAUGGUGUCAGAAGUGCCAAGAUGAAUCAGAGACGGUUAAUUAUAUUGCAGUCAAUACAAAGCCUUGCCCAAAGUGUGGCAAGCUGGUUGAGAAGAAUGGAGGAUGCAAUCUAGUUUCGUGUCUCUGCGGACAACCAUUUUGUUGGCUCUGCGGUGCUCCAACUGGUUUGAAUCAUACAUGGGACGCCAUCGCGGAUCACAGUUGUGGGCGAUUCAAAGAAGACGAGGAGACGAAACUUGAACAGGCCAAGAGGGAUCUAUUUCGGUACACUCACUACUUCAACCGUUAUCAAGCUCAUAUCGAUUCUCUUAAGCUUGAAGCAACGCUGAAACAAAGCAUACAAGAAAAAAUAUUGCAUUUGGAAGAAAGAGAAUCAACAUAUAGAGAUAUGAGCUGGGCGACCAAUGCACUCUACAGACUCUUCAGAUCAAGGCAGAUUAUUUCGUAUUCCUACCCGUUUGCAUAUUACAUGUUUAGCGAAUACAUAUGCAAAAAUGAAAUGACGGCAGAAGAAAGGACCAUAAAGCAAAACUUAUUUGAGGACCAGCAGCAGCAGCUUGAGGCAAAUAUGGAGAGGCUUUCUUUGUUUAUAGAGGAGCCUUUUGAUGAGUAUUCGCCGGAUGAAAUUAUGGAGUUGAAAAUGGGGAUCUUAGAUCUUUCUACGCUUACUGAUAACCUCUGCGCAAAAUUGUACGAUUGCAUCGAGGAUGAUUUGUUGGGUUCCCUCAAGAGGACAAGGCACAGUAUUGCUCCUUACAAGUCAAAUGGUGUGGAGAAAGCUUCAGAACUUACGGUUUCUAGGGACACCACAACCUCUAACUCCGAAAUUGAUUUGGCCGCCUCCAAUGCUGACUAGAAGAUAACCCGGCGAUAAAUAACAGAACCGUGUCAACCUUCAUCUAGCUUUGAGAGUUCGGGCGAAAGCCGACGCUGACGAUGGUGCUCGUCGUAUACAUCUUAACAUUAGAGCGCUCUGUUCUCGUUACCAACUGAGUUUUCCCGACAGAAUCACAUUUUACUGCAUAAGGUUAGGUUUAGAACAUUACUAUUUAGAAACCUAGUUUUUUGAUCAGAUUUAUGAACUUUUUUUUUUAAAUUCGAGGGGUACAAACGUCUGAUGCUGCGAUUUAUAUUUGACGUUUUGGAAAUGAAACAAUGGCGGUAUACAUCAUAAAAAAUAGAGAGAUCGUCUUUUGCUUUUC